GCAUGGGGCUUCUCGCAUUUCUUCCCUUCCAUUCUCCACCAGUCCUGGUUCAAAUUGCACAGCUAAUUGCAGCAAUCACCCCUCCAAAGAAGCAACACAGCGCAACAAGCAGCUAGACUCGCAAGUAUGGCUGCUACCACCAGCAGUCAUCCUGCAGUUCGAAGCUCGUCCCACCUCGACAUCUUUUUAAACUCUCAGGUUCUGAAUACUAGCGAUGCGAGGGCAGCGGAGAAGAGGUGGAUAGCUGAUCGUGCUGCAGCCGCUGGACCCGUGGGCUUCGAUGUGGAUGCUGCAAGUAGAGUGCAUGCAGAUCGUCAGUCGACAAAGCAGCGAGCGGCUCUGGAGGAAGCGAUGAGGAUAAGGAGAGCAGAGACAGAGUGGAUUGCUGAAGCGAACAGGAUUUAUGCGCACAUCACAUCCCUUCUGCUCUUCUUGUCGACAAUAAGGCGCCCUUAUUUGGAUCUCUCUGGACGCUCCGGUCCGGCUUACCCUGCUCAUGGUGCUGACGACCGUGAUGAGUUUGGCAACGAUGCGGAAACCAGUAUCAGCGGUGCUGGAGGAAAUGCUCUCAGAGGCUUUCAAAGAUGGUCCAAGCUGGGGACUCUCACAGACGGUCAACGGGACGAGAUCGAUUUUGCGAUGAGGAGCAUGAUUCAGGGUGCCAUGGGUCGAAUACGCGAGCUGGAAAAGGGCGAAGAGGUCAGACAGCGCACAACACCAGCUCUUUCUGUCAACCCGCUCUCUCGACUCCUGCGCGCAAGUCUGCCCGGAGAAGAUCAAUUCCCAGGCCGGUCUCACCCUUUGUAUGCCAGUACGCUCACCAUGCAUCGGGCGUCCAUCGUAGCCUCUCUCAACAGCAGGCUAGCAGGAGCUAGUUCGCGGCUGAAGGAUUUGCAGGAAAGACGACUUGCUGCGGCCAAGAGGGCUCAGCGGGUCAAGGCUGGCGCGAGUGCAAGGGUAGCGCUAGGCGAGGAGAAUUCAAAGCAAGAAAAUGGAAGUAAGAGAGAGUCGACUGCUGCAGUAGCUGGUGUGUCCGGCUCUCUAGGCUUGCCAGAGGUCAGCGCAGCUCAAGCACAAAUGUACGACUCGGAAGCUUCAGCACUCGUGAAAACUUUGGAACAGGAUCUUUCGGCAAUUCAAGCGGCGGAAAGAAAGCUGGUGGAAAUUUCAGACCUCCAGACUCAAUUGAUCUCUCACUUGUCUGAGCAGACAGAGUUGACUACGAGACUGGGCGAUGAAGCUUUUGAGCAUCAAAGCGAGGUGCAGAGAGGAAAUGAUCAACUGAGAAAGGCAAAGGAGAGCAACAGAAAGGCUACGCAGUGGUUGGCCAUGUUCUUGGUAGGCAGCGGACUUGGCCUACUGUUCCUGCACUGGAUGGACUAAUCGCCGAGGUCUUAGCUGAAUCCCUACUGAGGCGGGAGUACGCACUCUGCGCGCAUGUGGCACCCAAU